AUGGUCACAGUCACUCAUCCCCAUCAUCUCUGCGCACGCGCCAUGGGUCCGUCGAGGCAGCUUUCGGUUCUCGCCGCCGUCUGCACGCUCACAUGGCUGCUGGCGUCGGCUGCCGCGCGGCCCACCAAGGAAGAUUUGAUCAACGAGGUGAAGGCGGCCCGGGAAGCGCUCAACGACCCCAAACUGAACGGAAAAUACAAGAGCAGCGGCGCAUUUCUGGACCAACUCGUCCCGAUUCUGGAGACCGACUGGAACCCAACGGACACGUACCUUGCCAACACCGAAGGAAAAACCGUCCUCCUACCCGACGAUACCGCCAUUGCUUCUGCAGCGCCUGACGCGGUUACCACGUUCACGAAAUCCAAGUUCAAGCGCAGCGACGUUACCCCGUACGGGAAUUGGAUUCGCGCAAACAUCCUGGACGGAGUGUAUGAGGAGGACGAUCUGAAGACCGCCAAAGGACUGAAGAACGCGAAUGGUCGCAGAGUGGAUACGGCUGAGGUAGUCGACAGCAAGAGUGGGCGGAAGAAGGUGACAAUCGGGAAGGGCAAGGCAAAGAUCAAGGAACAGGCGAUUUUUAGAGGGAAGCUGUUUAUCAUCCAUGGCGUGGAUGCGGUGCAGCCCAGGGAGUAG